AGCUCGCAGUUUAAGUUCUCAGCUUCGCGUCGACGGACGUUCGACCAGUCCACUCGCAAAUACUUUUCAACUUCAUAAGUUCCGACUCCGUUGCGUGUUGCUGCAGAUUAGUCUUAGAUCUUACAAAUCGUUCUUGAGUGUCUUUUCUACACAAAAUGAUUAAGUCCGUGUGCCUAGUAAUCGUGAUCCAAGCGCUGUGGAUAGUGCAGGCUGAGACCCCCGCGUAUAUCAAGCAAUGCCAUAGGAACGACCCAAAGCUGGUGGACUGUUUCAUUGGAGCUAUUGAGCACCUGAAGCCGUACCUGGCCAAUGGCAUUCCCGACAUCCAGCUGCCCUCUGUGGAGCCCUUCAAGAUGGACACUCUGGCCCUGCAGCUCACCGAAGGUCCCCAGGGAUAUAAGAUCACGCUGAAGAACAUGGAGGCAUUCGGGGCGAGCAACUUCCAGGUCAAGUCCCUGAAACUGAGCGAGGGCAGCGAGCCCUUCAAAGCGAAAAUAGUGAUGCCCAAGCUGAAGAUCGAAGCCAAGUACACGAGCUCCGGAGUUCUUCUAAUCCUGCCAGCCUCCGGAGGAGGAGACUUCCACGCCAACUUCGAGGGUGUGAGUGCCGAUCUCACAGGAAAGACAUCGACACAUGCGGCUAAGGGCGGAAACUAUCUGCACAUCGAUGCUCUCAGCUUGGUCCUGGAUGUGAAGGAUGUUAAGAUGAGCAUCUCGGGUGCCUUCAACAACAAUCGAAUUCUACUGGAAGCCACUAAUCUCUUCUUACGUGAAAACUCUCAAAUCGUUUUGGAGGCCAUGCAGGCUCAGCUGCAGAAGAAGUUGGCAAGUGAGUUCGGAAAACUCGCCAACCAGCUGCUGAAGAACGUUCCUAUCGAGCAAUUCUACGUGGAUUAGGCUUACCUAUUAUAGACCCUAGUUCGUUAGUCCUAGCUAAGAUUUAUUUAACUGUAAAUUACUCUCUAAUGCUAUGAACCAAGUAUUAAAUUGUAUGUGGUGUAAA